CCCAUAUAGUAAAUCUGUGGUUUAUUUGUUUAAAAUCACAAGGAAUCGUAUUCAAGCCAGUAUAAGUAUUCCAAAGAUAUUUUGCUAAUAUUUUAACGAUUAAUGUAUGGUGUCAAACCUCAUGUUAUUGGGUGAAAUGGUUAAACAAUUAUCCAUAAUAUAAGAUGUGAUAAGUAAAUAAAAUAAAAUAAAAUAAAAACAAAAUAAAGUAAAAUAAAAUAAACUAUUACAUUAUUGAUUUUUUUUUACAGGUAUUUACGAUAUACAGUCUAUGGUAUUUACUGGUUCGAUUAAAUCCAUUUUAUUUAUUUUAUUUUCUGAAGUUCCCGGAUGCGGAUGUGACGUAUCCGGUCCUGGAACGUAAACAGUCAUGGCGGACACGGAGUCGGUGUUUUUUGCCGUCAGCAACAUCCCUGUAGAUUUCCGCUCCGCAGAUUUAAGAAACUAUUUCAGUCAGUUCAUAGAAAGUGGUGGGUUUCAGUGUUUCCACUACAGACAUCGACCAGAGGUUCUGAGGGAUGCGGACGGACCCAGAACCACAGAGAGCGAAGACAGCGCGGAGAGCGGAUCCAAACCCUCUUCAGAACCCGACCCGACAACACAGAACCAGUCCGUGUCCAAACCACCAGCGAAGACCUGCUGCUGCGUCGUAUCGGUCCGUUCCGAAGACGCGGACCGGUUCGUGAAGAUGUUCGCGGGGAACCACUGGAUCGACUCGAAGGGGAACUGGCUGUCCAGGCGCUGCGUUAUCCGGAGAAUCAAAGUUUCACAAGAAAAUGAGGACAAGUCCUUUCCAUACAAAACGAAACACGAGCAGCGGCGCCGCGUGGCCUUAUCGGAACGCUUCACAGAGGCGGACCUCCGAGGCUUGCCUGAGCUGAACCCACCCGCUCUGAUGCAGCAUGGGAACGUGGGCACGCCGCUCAAAGUUUUCCUGCAGCUCAUCCAGUCCUGCCGCCUCCCCCCGCGGCUCAUUCGAAAGCUGGGCCUCACCUUCCCGAAGACCAGCUCCAACCGUCGCUACGGAAACGUACCCUUCCACUACAACAACACGUGCACCCUCCCCGCCACAGAAGAGACUGUACUGACAGCUGCUGGACAUGAAAUCACCGGACCCGGCGCUUGGUCUGCUCCCUCCUCAAGAUGGAGCCAGGCGACUGAGCAUGUGCAAGCCACAGAUGAUGAGGAGAACCAGGAGGAAGAGGAGAGGCAGUCAGACGCAGAUGAUGAUGAGGACUACUGUGAGGAGUGGGAGCGCCACGAGGCUCUGCACGAGGAUGUCACCAGCCAGGAGCGAAGCAAAGAAAGACUGUUUGAGGAAGAGAUUGAGCUGAAGUGGGAGAAAGGAGGCUCAGGCCUGGUAUUCUACACUGAUGCUCAGUACUGGCAGGAGGAGGAAGGAGACUUUGAUGAGCAAACAGCAGACGACUGGGAUGUUGACAUGAGUAUCUACUAUGAUAAAGAUGGAGGUGACAUGGACGCCCGUGACUAUGUCCGAAUGCGAUAUGAGAAGAGGCUGAGAGAAGGGACUGAAGAUGGAUCAGGACACAACCAAUCCAUUGGCAGCUUUGAGAAGUUUACUAAGGGUUUUGGUCGACGAGUGAUGGAAAAGCAAGGCUGGAGGGAUGGGGAAGGAUUAGGAAACAGCCAGGUUGGGAUUGCGGAUGCUCUGGAGAAUGAAGGUCAACAUCCCCACUGCAAAAGAGGCUUCGGGUAUCAUGGAGAAAAACUGCUAAUAAAUUCUGCAAAAAAAGUCAGACCGGACAAUUUUAUAUCAACGGUGUAUGAUAAACCACAAGACAUAGAUGGAGGGGACAGUUUACUCCGACGCCAGCCGAGCACCAGCAUGAAGUACAGAGGAUGGCAGCCAGGAGGCAGUCUUGGACCAAAAAGAUGACAGUUGUCAUUUUCUGUGUGUUUUUUCUGUAUUUUUUAUAAAAUUUUUAAAUUCAGUCCA